AUGUAUUCCUUGAGCCCAACGCCUCUCUCCCCCGUCCACCCCCAGGUGCAUGAUUGGCGGAUGAGCCCGUGGAACCAUGCGCUGCCUUCAGCAUCGUGUGAUUCGCCGCAGCCUCGCUUCUUCCGCCAGCUGAUGGCUCAGGGCCACUCGCCUGAGGGCGUGUACCUGCCCGUCAAGCAGGCCAUUACAGAAGAAAACGAGGAUGCUAAUAAGGGACAUGCUGAGGGAGAUGGUUUCAGGCAACUCACUAACGAGGACAGCCAAUCACGGCUCUUGCACAGCCUGCCGUGGGCCCCACCAGCGGGUGGACGGCGCAGGCUGCUGGGUCUGGGGGACGUGCAGUACCCCCUGGAUGGAUACUUUCUCAGCAAAUCCGGGCUAUACUACGUGCAGGUGCAGCUGGGGUGGCAGAGGCAGCUCGUGAAUCUGCAGGUGGACACGGGCAGCGACCUGCUGUGGACGCGCUGUGUCUGCCCCUCCUGCCCUCCGCCCCACCCCUCCACCAACCACACCCAGCAGCCUGCAGGCGGGCAGCAGUCUCCCAGCGCCCCUUCCCCAGCUCCACCGUCAGGCCCCUCCCCCUCCACGCCCCCCUCGGGCCCCCCAGUGGCCCCUCCCUCAUCCGCAUCUCUCAACCGCGCGACAAACAUGGCAGCAAACGCAGGGACGAGCGCAGAUCCGGGGCAAGGGUUGCUUGCUGGCGCGCAGAUGGCACUGGAGGUUGACGGCUCUCAACGCCCGGCACACACACAGGCACAGGCUCAGGCACAAGCACAACCAGAGGGAGACGCAAGGCGGGUGGUUACUGCAGCAGGGGCGGGGAAUGCGGUGAAUACGGGUGCAUAUGCUGGGGGAGGUGGGGCAGGGGGGGUGGGCAGGGAAGCGGAGUGGUGGGAUGAAGGCAGGGAGGAGGAGCGGUGGGAUGAAGAAGCGGGGCAGCUGGCGGUGCCUCGAGGGUGGCUCAUGCGGGGAGCAGCAGAGGGCGGUGCUGACUGGCCCGUGGCCGCUGAGUCAGUGGCAGGGCAGCAGCGGCACAGCCUUGCAGCCGUGGGAGGGGUGCGCACGAGUAGGCGGUGUCAGUACAUGCUGCAGUACGGGGACGGCAGCACCACGGCGGGGGAUCUCCUCUUUGACUCCAUUGCUCUGCGCUCCACCUCCAAGAACUCCGCCAACGCCACCAUCGCCUUCGGCUGCGGAGUGCACCAGACGGGCCGCCUCGCCUCUGACUCCUCCACGGCGUCACUCAGCGGGGUUAUGGGGCUGGGCCGCGGGCCGCUCUCUAUAGUCACGCAGCUGGCGGCGCAGGGUGUGCUGCACGAGUCUUUCUCGCUGUGCCUCGAGGGCCGCCAGCGGGGGGGCCACCUCGUGCUGGGGAGGCGGCGCCUGCCCGUUACUAAUGCCACCGUCACCGCUCCCCUCGCACCCUCCGAUGACCUCACGGUGUACCGCCUGCCACUGCUCGCGCUCUACCUCAACUGGGCGCCCAUCCCACUGCCCAACGGCACCACCACCAUCACCGUCGCCCCUACCCCCCACGGCCUCUCCACCCCCGCCUCUGGUGCCUCCUCCUUCAUGGAGGGCGAUGGGGCUGCUGCGGACACGGGGGAAGGUGGUGGGGGCGCGGGUGACAGUGGGGGGGGAUGGUGA